CCACCACUACCAGCACCACUACCAGCACCACCACCACACAACCCCCCCUCCCUUCCCUUCUCCCCCUCUCACUUCCCCUCUCCUCUCUUCGUACCCUCGUCCCCUCGUCCCUCCACCAGAUACAUCCCAGACGGAACAAUACAGUUCGUCUUGUCUUGAUUGAUCCAUUUCUCAAUUCCCAAUUCUGCUCUCCCCCCCCCAGAGACAAGCGACUCACUUCACCCGCUGAUCAACGCAUAAUCGCAAUCAACCGAGAGUCCACUAGAGUAUCUCGGCCGGCAUUAAACAAGCGGCCCAAACUCGAUCGUCUUGCUUCGUCUCGUCUCGUCUUAGCUCAGCCGGCUUUCAGCUUGGUUCAGGUUUAGCCUGUUGCAACGGACGCUACGCUACCUCCCAGCCCCCCUAACAACUCUGUCGUUUGUUCCCUCGUGGCCCUGCUUUGUGCUGCUGCCCUGCUCUGCCCUGCAGUUCUUCGACGCCGUCACACCGCAAUCAAGUCAGCUACUGCGCGUAUCCGCCCCCAACACAACACUACUGCAACUCGUUGCUUGAUUCUGCACCCGACGCGCAUACGGCUCCAGAAUUUCGCCCCUACGUGUCCAGAAGAAUCCUUUUCCUCGCCUCCCAUUCUCUCCAAGUUUCUCUAUUCAGGUCUCACCGCCAGCACCAACCGACAGACCACCACGCACACACACCACCACUACCAUUCCCCAAACCAGCGCCGUCGUCAUCAUCAUGUUCGCCCUCCUCGAGACCCUGCUCGACUAUAACAACCACGUCACGCUGUUCCAGCGUAUGAUGUUCCUGUUGUCCUUCUGCCUUUCCGGAAUCAUUCUCGCAGUCCAGGCUUCGCAGGCCGGUGAACCAGAUCAUCUACGCAUCAGGUGGACUCGUUUGACUGACCAAAGCCGUCCCUACUGGUACACCUUCUACGUCACCCAAGUCUUCCUCUUCGUCUCCGGCGCCUACCCCAUGCUCUACGACAAGAUGACCAUGUACAUCGGCAGCGGCUAUGAGGCCCAGAUCCUUAACGUCAUCUGGGUCGGCCUUCUGAGCGUCGAGGCUCUCAUGGUCGCCGGCGUCGCUGGCAUCGCCAUCACCCGCAAGUUCAAGGGCGCCCCCAAGCAGAAGACCAACUAGACUCCUUCCCGCGUGCGCCUAUUUGUUUUUUCCCCGGCAUUUACCAUACUAUACCCCCCACAUUUAUUGUUUAUAUUCGACGUCUCGGUGCCGAGACACAGUAUACUCUUACAUACACCGCGCCGACUUACUUUGCAUCUAUGGAGUUGGGGGUCGCUCUUGAAUAUACUUCUUCGUUUUCCCGGCUCGCCUCCUCGAGUGACCGACGGCAAUAUCUCAUGCUACAGCGACCAACGUCUGAAUGCCAGCUCCUUCGAAGGCACACAAAGAUACCUGGGCAAACAAUCAAAACGCAAAAUCUCACGAACAAAGAACGAACAAAGAAUGAACAGUCAGCUCUAGAUUGUGGCCCAGCAACUGAAAGGCGGCAGGCAUCGAGGGCCAUGUCCCGAGUCUAUUGCCAAUCGACACGACCGGUCAUACCCUGCAGUGCUCAGAAUCCUGGGCACCGACGAACAACGAAACGACGAUACCAAUGAAGACACGACGGCGCAUCGACACCAAGCGCUGACAUGGACGAUCAGGAUCAUAGGGCACACCACCUGAGCCCCUUCUCUCGGGCCACCAAUGCCACCGAGACCUCAGACAAGGCCCAAUGCGAAGGAAAUACCUGUUGGGCGGAGGACCGUAGACGGCUAACGUCUGUAUGGAAACAAUCGAUGGCACGUAAUGAAGUCAUGUCUGGAACGCAGUGGAUUUAGAGAACGCGCAGGACGGCCCUCCAAUGUGCGAUGCGACCCAAACAUGGACGAUGUGGCAUACGUCAGUUCGUCGCACCGUCGUCAUGUUGGUACGGCAUCUACUAUUCCUCCUACAGACCUGUGGUCAGCGUUGAGAGAACACUUGCGGCUUCUCACGCGACGACAUCGUCUUGAGUCUACAUAGUCAUCCACUCGGAUUAAGUUCCCAAAAUCCACGAAGUAAUGUUUAUCAUUCUAA